AUGGCCGACAUGAAGAAGCCCAACUUCCUCAUUGUUGUUGCGGAUGACCUGGGUUUCAGUGAUAUUGGGCCAUACGGCGGUGAAAUCAAGACACCUACCUUGGACAAAAUCGCCAAAGAAGGAGUUCGCAUGACGAACUUCCACACUGCGCCUAGUUGCUCUCCCACACGCUCGAUGCUAUUCUCAGGCACGGACAACCACAUUGCAGGGGUGGGUCAAAUGGCUGAAUUCAUGAAAUUUAAACCCGAAGCAUUUGAAGGAAAGCCAGGUUAUGAAGGCUACUUGAAUUACCGAGUGGCCGCCUUGUCCGAAAUCCUUCAGGAUGCUGGUUACGACACCAUCAUGUCCGGCAAAUGGCACCUUGGGAUGACUAGAGAAUUUGCUCCCUGCUCUCGUGGGUUCAACAAGUCGUUUGCCUUCCUGCCUGGAGCCGGCAAUCACCACAACUUUGAGCCCCAGAUCGAUCUCGCCAAAGGACCACCGCCACAAGUCGGGCUCGCAGAAGAAGUUUGGAUGGAGGGAGAUCAGUUUCUGGACAGAAAAAAGGACUUGCCAAAGGAUUUUUACUCCACAAAGACCUAUACAGACCGAAUGAUCAGCUUUCUCAAGGACCGAUCGGCCGAAGACAAGGACAAGCCAUUUUUCGCCUAUCUCCCUUUGACUGCGCCACAUUGGCCAUUGCAGGCCCCCAAAAAUGUCGUUGCAAAAUAUCGAGGUAUGUACGACGAAGGUCCGAGAAAGCUCAGCCAGAAACGUGUCAAACGUCUGAUCGAGCUGGGUUUGGUUCCAGCAGACGUGGAACCUGCUCCUCCCAUUGGAAUUCUUGAUCCGGAAUGGCACGACAUGACUCCAGAAGAGCGUGCAGCUUCGGCGAGAAAGAUGGAGGUCUUUGCGGCCAUGGUGGACUUGAUCGAUCAGAACCUGGCUCGUCUUAUUGCCUACCUUGAAUCGACCGGCGAGUUUGACAACACCUUUUUCCUAUUUAUGUCCGACAAUGGUGCGGAAGGUCUCCUCCUAGAGGCCCUACCGUUAAUGGGAUUUCCAGGAGAUAUCGGAGAUGCCAUUGACACUUAUUACGACAACAGCCUGGAGAAUAUUGGUGAGCGUAACUCCUUCACGUUUUAUGGACCGCGUUGGGCUUGCGCGGCGACUGCCCCAGCAAGAGGAUUCAAAGGUAUCAUUUAUGAAGGUGGCAUUCGUUGUCCGUGUAUCGUCCGGUACCCGGGUUUUGGCAAUAAGGAGUCCGCCAUCACGCAUACGUUCACCACCGUGAUGGAUAUCUUGCCCACAAUUCUAGAUCUGGCAGGAAUUCCUUCACCAGGGAACACUUUCCGAGGACGGGAAGUGGUCUCUGUCCGAGGCAAAUCAUGGGUGCCACAUCUGUCAUCACGAACGGAUUCAGUACAUGGGGACGAGACACAUGUCCAUGGUUGGGAGCUGUUUGGCACGUGUGCCAUCCGCAAAGGCAAUUGGAAGGCCGUCUGGAUCCCUGCUCCGCGUGGAAAGAAUAUUUGGGAGUUGUUCAACCUGGAGUCUGACCCGUCUGAGUCACAUGAUUGCGCUACAUCCCACACGGACAUAUUGGCUGAAUUGGUGAAUCACUGGAACACGUAUUUCGCGGAGACCGGAAUGGUCAUGAUUCCCCAAUAUGCUGGCACUCGACGGUUACUCAGUAGUUCGAUCUAA